AUGUCGUCAAACACCACAGGAGCCGGUUCGAGGCAAGGUUUUUUUCUAACGAUGGAAGAUCACAGGGUCAAGGGGAGCAGGAGGGGAACAAUGAGGAGCCCACUUACCUUCAUCCCCUUGACAAGUAUAUCAGUGUUCACUUAAUCCUGCUCCAACUGAGGACUGUACAGUCAUGUUGGCGUGCUCUGGGUGAUGCUGCUGGACUGGAGAGGGAGACUAUGGACAUGAUUGACGUGGAGUUGGGUGAGUGACAGUGCCAAGCUGGCAGAGUUGGUGUUUUGGUGGUAUGAGAGAAAGGAGUGUGUGAGGUGGUCAGAUGUGUCCUCUCUCUGUGAGCAGAUUGGUUUCAACCAGCUAUCCGAGGCAUUAGCACUGCUUACAUCACUGGGGCUCUCCCAGUCAAAGAUGAUCCAGAGGUGGAGCUCCCAAUCUCAGACAACACUCCUGCCCCAGUUUGCCCCCACGCAGAGCCACAUCGGGUGAUAACGAAGGGGCUCCACCCAUCCCCCACACAGGUCCUUGAUCUGUGGUAUGAAGGAGCUCCAGCCAUCCCUCCACACAGCCACAGACAUGGAGUUGCUUAUAACGAGGAAGCUGCAAUUUUUUUUCUCUACAGAGGACCGAGAUUGAUUGUGAUGAAGGGACUCCCCCACCUCCACUUCCUCCUCCCUAAGCCCCUGAGGAUAUUGAUUAUUGAUGACGAUGGUCAUACGUUUACAUAGAGUCGUUAGUCAUACGAGGAUCUGUAAGACUACAGCAUUUGUUGUGUUUAUCUUUGACUGUAUUAGUCUGAUAUUCUCAGCUGCCUAUGACAAUAUAAAGUUUA